AUGUACCAGUCAUUGCGAACAAAAAUUGAAUGCAACGGUAAAUUUAUCUUUGCAAAGCGGAAAAAGCAAGCGGCUCCAGAAAAGCCUGUAAAGAAACAGAAGACUGGCGAAAGUUCAAAAGGUGCAGCUUCUUCUAAGCAAAGCAGUAACAGAGAUGAGAAUAUGUUUCAGAUUGGCAAAAUGAGAUAUGUCAGUGUUCGUGACUUUAAAGGGAAAAUCUUAAUUGAUAUCAGAGAAUAUUGGAUGGAUCAAGAAGGUGAAAUGAAGCCUGGCAGAAAAGGUAUUUCUUUAAAUCCAGAGCAGUGGAACCAGCUGAAGGAACAGAUUUCUGAUAUUGAUGAUGCAGUAAGAAAACUACAUGCAUGGAAGUCCUGUUCUGCUAAGUGCUGUACACAGACUGUUCUUGUGCUGCAGAGUUAUAAUUCAGUACAAAUGGGGUUUGAAGGAUGA